AUGACGGCUUUGCUUCAAGCCUGUUACCGUGGAAACGUUGAAAUUGCUCAAAUUUUGGUUGACUCCGGGGCUAAUGUCAACUGGUCUAAACACAAACAGGGGUAUACUGCCUUGAUGUUCGCGGCUCUUUCUGGAAAACUCGAAAUCGUUGAAUUUCUCCUGUCUUGUGGUGCCAAAACUGAGGUUACGAAUUGCCUGAAGAGGACAGCUGCCGAAAUGGCCUCUUUUGUUGGGAAUCACUUUGCCACAGCCUUAAUUAAUACCUUUAUUGAGAAAGAAGAACUCUUUCAGUACACUCGAAAGAAGGCUUCCACGAACCUCUAUCUUUCAAAUGACCUUAUUGAGCCUCUUCACAAGUUGGUCACUCGGCUUAACUUCUCACCAGUAAAGACUUUUAUGUAUCUGUCCUGCACCUCGGGGAAACCACUACUGGACAAGUGGAAAAAUGUGUCUUCUGUCUUAGAAGACUUGGCGGGGCAAUACUUUACUCCACAUCGAACUCACGAACCAAUCGCCAUUAAACUCCAUUUAAUUGGCGCCUCCGUCAAGCGAGCCGGAGAAUUUGUAGAAAAGGAAAUAAAUGAUGAAGACAAAAAGGCGAACAACGUAAUAGUCCUGGAGCCUCUUAUCAAACACUUUCUGCGUGGUACCGAUCCGCAUGGCUUACCAAAGGGCAAGUUUCAGUUAUUUAAUCUACUGUUAGUUGUUUUCGCCCCUGAAGUCUUUCUUCGCAAGUCUCUGGUGUCUUUCGGCCACACAGAAUCGACGCUCUGGCGGCAGACGGUGACCCAGGUGGGCAGCGUGGAGCCCGGCGAGGCACCGACUGCCCUCUCAAUCCUCGAGAACUGCAUCAACGGACUGUCUCCGUUCUCUCGCAGCUGCCCCCGCGAGGGUGUCAUUAGCGAGCCCUGCGCCACCUGCUCCGACAUGGCUGGCUACUCGGCCGCCGUCAGUGUGAAGUGGUGCUCCCGUUGCCACGAGGUCGCCUAUUGCUCGGUUGCGUGUCAAAAAAUGCACUGGUUCACCCACAAGAAGUACUGUCCAAUUCUUCAGGAGCAUCACAAGUCCGUUUCGGAGAGCGGCGCAAAGAAAGACAAGCCAUCGAGUGAGGAGAUUUCGAAGAUUCAGGAGGAGGUUACGGAGUUCUUGCAACAGCAAAAGCUCCACGGAGUGUGA